AUGGCGUUCGAUUUUCAGAGGAUGAUCAUUCAUAGCGUCCACAAAAAGAGACAGUUGUUUAAAAUACCCAACAUAGGCAAGCUCAAAUUCUGGCUAGAUGUGAGGACAGCGCCAACUCUCACGCUAUCUCCGGCUGGGGUCAGACAAGGUCCUGCGAGUGGAGCUGGGGCCUUCGUCUGUCCCUUUAGACCAUCGCCUGAUGCUGCAUAUGAAAUAAGACAGGAACAGGCAUCCUUGUAUGUCCAUGCAUUGUUCGGUCUGACGUGUAAAGACGUCACCUUGCUAAGCUGCCUCACAGCACCUACAGCCUUGAACUUCUUCAGGGUCAUCGAGACACGGUGGGAAGCCAUGUGUGAUGAUAUAGAACGUGGAAAUAUCUGCAAGUGUCCUGGUCUGCAGGACGAUGUGAGACUCAAGCUUCAGAAGCAUCUGACUGCUGAUGCAGAGAGAGCUGGUGAACUGAGAUGUAUCUUCAAGGAAGGCUGCCACAAUAUUGGACCACGAAUCUGGCCAUGUUUAUCAGUGUUACACACAGCGGCAUCGGGAGCCUACAUUCCAGCGGUGAAUAUUCUGAGACGGAAGUACAUAGUGGACAUCCCAAUAACCUCCAGCACACACGUGGCAUCCGAGGGGGUGUAUGGCAUCAACAUGAACAUUAUAGACCAGAUGAAGACGGAGUACACCAUCCUCCCUGAUCAGGUGCUUUACGAAUUCAUCCCUGAAGUAGACGUUGAUCAAGAUAAUCCACAGACGUUGCUGGCUCAUGAGGUGGACAUUGGGCAGCGUUAUGAGAUGGUCAUCACCAACUGGUCAGGUCUGUACAGGUAUCGUACAGGAGAUAUCAUCCGUGUUACCAGCUUCACAGGCCAGACCCCAAGCUACGUCCUACUGCAACGGACAGGAGACGGGUACGACAAAUACCCAGAGUUCCUGUUCACUGAAGCUGUUUUGAAAGCUUCCAGAACGUGGACGUCAGGAACGAUGUUUAACUACAUGGCUGUCGGCAACUUCAUCGUUGAGGAACUGACAGGUGAAAUAUCGACGACAGCGCACGUGUAUGUCUUCAUAGAACUGCUCGGUGAUGGAGCUUUGACUGAUCGAGAAAAGAGUGUGAUCGACGAGAGUCUUCAAGAAACCCAGGAUAGGUACAAACGUUUCCGUUCCAGUGGAAGCUAUGCCCCUGCUGUUGUCGUUCAAGUGAGGCCUGGGACGUUAGAGGAAGUGAAGAAGAUCUACAUGAAGCUAAACCCCGAUCUUUACACAGAACAGUUCAAGUACCCAAAGUUUAUAAAACACAAAGACGUUGUAGCUUGUCUGUUGUCCCGCAGAGUGAAGUCUACCAGCUGA